AUGUUGAUGAUCAUCAAUGAUCCAACAAUAUUUAUGAGAAUCGUCAUGAUGAUUAUGUCGGUAGCUACAGGUGUUGGUGUCGUAACAUCUGGUAUUGUCGUUGGUACAAUCGUAAGUAAACAAAUUGCAGAAUUUCAAAACACUGAAGUUGUACUUAAAUCUCAAGCAACUAUUGUUUUGAAUCGAUAUCUUGAAUUAAUAGAACUACCCCUGUUCUAUGAUGUGCUAACAACACUAACAUUAUUUAAUAACGAUGUCGAAACUGUUUUGACAGCGAAAUUCGGUGAAAAUUUUGCACAUCUUGAAAUCGUAUCUUUUCCGCCAACACUAAAAAUCACAUCAAGCCGUAAAAGACGCUCUCGUAGUAAAAGGAGAUUCUUCAAAAAAUACGACGACAAUUAUAAUUCAGAUCCACACACUUCCUCGCCUUCUUCAAGUACAACACCAAGAGCAACAACAACAACAACAACAACAACAACUACUGCAACAAAAGCUGCAGUAAUAGCACAUACCGAAACAAUGUCUACAUCUUCAACUGCAAAAGCAACAACAACAACAAUUGACACUAACAACAAUACUACUCAUUGUAAUGCAACCAAUAAUGCAGCUGCUCAAUCAACCAUUUUAUCCUCAGAAGUGUUCCUCUACUUCGUAGUCAAAAAUGGUGAAUCUAUUCAAAUUCAAGCGAUACGCGACGCGCUGCAAGACUUGGAAACACCUGUAACUGUGCUUACCCAAUGUGGCGAACCAAGCACUCGUAAAAGUUCGUUCAAUGCCGCUUUGUCAAUAGUUGAAGCAUCUACCAAAGUGGACGUUACUUCAGAUUCAGUAAAAGCUCAACCAAGUGUUGCUGGGUCGUUAAAAGAAAAUGUAAAUGCUGCGGCACAGAUUGCGAUACAAAUUGCGGCAGAAGAAUAUGGAUUUCUGUUAUCAGAAAGCACUACAACAACAAGUACACAAACAGCUCCUUCAACGACAACAAGUACACAAACAGCUCCUUCAACGACAACAAGUACACAAACCGCUCCUUCAACGACAACAAGUACACCAACAGCUCCUUCAACGACAACAAGUACACAAACAGCUCCUUCAACGACAACAAGUACACAAACAGCUCCUUCAACGACAACAAGUACACAAACAGCUCCUUCAACGACAACAAGUACACAAACAGCUCCUUCAACGACAACAAGUACACAAACAGCUCCUUCAACGACAACAAGUACACAAACAGCUCCUUCAACGACAACAAGUACACAAACAGCUCCUUCAACGACAACAAGUACACAAACAGCUCCUUCAACGACAACAAGUACACAAACAGCUCCUUCAACGACAACAAGUACACAAACAGCUCCUUCAACGACAACAAGUACACAAACAGCUCCUUCAACGACAACAAGUACACAAACAACGCCUUCAACUACAACUAGUACUACUAUCAUUGAUAUUCAGACCACCGUCGAUACUACUGUUACAACUACGACACCAGCAACCAGUGCAAAUAUCGGUUAA